UCGUGGCGGGCGGCAGCCGGCGAGUGAUGGCGCCUUGUGGUUCCUUCCCCCUGCAGGAGCGGGCCCGGGAUGGAGGGCACAGCGGCGCACAGCGUAUGCAUGGUGUCGGACUUCUUCUACCCCAACAUGGGGGGCGUGGAGAGCCACGUGUACCAGCUGUCACAGUGCCUCAUCGAGCGCGGCCACAAGGUGCUGGUGGUCACCCACGCUUACGGCCACCGCAAGGGCGUCCGCUACCUCACCUGCGGGCUCAAAGUCUACUACCUGCCCCUGAAGGUGAUGUACAACCAGUCCACGGCCACGACGCUGUUCCACAGCCUGCCCUUGCUCAGGUACAUCUUCGUGCGGGAGCGGGUGACCGUGGUGCACGCCCACAGCUCCUUCUCGGCCAUGGCGCACGACGCCCUGUUCCACGCCAAGAGCAUGGGGCUGCGCACCGUGUUCACCGACCACUCCCUCUUCGGCUUCGCCGAUGUCAGCUCGGUGCUGACCAACAAGCUGCUGACGGUGUCCCUGUGCGACACCAACCACAUCAUCUGCGUCUCCUACACCAGCAAGGAGAACACGGUGUUGCGAGCAGCCCUGGACCCACGGAUAGUCUCGGUCAUCCCCAACGCUGUGGAUCCCACCGACUUCACUCCAGACCCCUCGAGGAGGGAUGACAGCACAAUAACGAUUGUUGUUGUCAGCAGACUUGUUUACAGAAAAGGUAUUGAUUUGCUUAGUGGUAUAAUUCCUGAGCUCUGUCAGAAAUAUCCGGAGAUACAUUUCUUAGUUGGAGGAGAAGGACCAAAACGGAUCAUACUGGAAGAAGUCCGGGAGAGAUACCAGCUGCAUGACAGGGUGCGUCUUCUAGGAGGCUUAGAACACCAGGAUGUCAGAAAUGUCCUGGUCCAGGGACACAUUUUUCUCAACACUUCCCUCACUGAGGCCUUCUGUAUGGCUAUUGUGGAAGCAGCAAGCUGUGGUUUACAGGUGGUGAGUACAAGAGUUGGUGGGAUUCCAGAGGUACUUCCAGAAAAUCUCAUCAUUUUGUGUGAGCCCUCUGUGAAAUCUUUGUGUGAUGGACUAGAAAAAGCAAUUGCCCAGCUCAGAUCAGGAACUCUGCCAUCUCCAGAAACUGUUCAUAAUGAAGUAAAGACAUUUUAUACGUGGAGGAAUGUAGCAGAGAGAACUGAGAAAGUGUACGACAGAGUUGCAGAUGAAGUGGUUUUACCAAUGAAGGAGCGACUUGACAGACUAAUGACUCACUGUGGCCCAGUGACUGGGUGUAUUUUUGCUUUUUUUGCUGUUCUGAACUGCCUCCUCUUGGUGUUUCUGAGGUGGAUGACUCCAGAUUCCAUUAUUGAUGUUGCAAUAGAUGCUACAGGACCUAAGGGUGCAUGGACUAAACAGUAUUUUUUUGGGAAAAAAAGAAGAGUUAAAGAAGAACUUCCAAAUUCCAAGAUUGCUCAAGUGGACAGGGAAGAAUGUGUUGGUCACUAAAAGUUUUAAUGCUUGCUGACAGAGACAUUACUCUUACAACUCCUUAGUUUCUUUCUGAAGUUCUUGGAAAGAAACUUAGUUCAAUGUGCUACCUCAAUUUAGGAUGAUGUUCUUAGUUCAGUUUUGGAUUCAAGCAAAUUUAUGGGCAUCUCUUUUGCACUGAAAGCUGGGAGGAGAACGUGUUUUUAUAUAUAUCAGAAGCCUUGGAAACAAAAAUACAAGAUUUUUCUUGAUAACUUGAACAUUGCAGAAAGGGACUUAGGUGUUUGGGAAAACAAAACACAACAAUUCUUAGCUUACUGUAGUUCCUGCUAAUCCCUGAUAUUUACUGUGAUUUUUAUUUUAAGACCUCUUUCAAAAUAAUUAAAAGCUCAACAAAAUACACCUUUUUUCUCCUAAGAUGAAAAUGGCACUUGAAAUUAGUCAUAAAGUCCAUUACCAUGUAAAUUUCAGAGACUUGGUUCCAGCAGUUGUGUCCCAGUGACAGUGUUUUGCCUGGGUAGCAUUAUUAUUUUGAAAUUCUUCCCUAGUCAGAUUUGCACAUCCUGUUGCUAAAUCAACAUUCCAUAAUGAUUUUCUGAUAUUUUCAGAGGUGCUAAAUUUGUCCUGUUCUCAUACAUGUGUGAAAAUGAUCUAAAGCUUAUAGUGGUUUUGGGUUUUGUUUUUGUUUUUCGGUACAUAGGGGAAGAAAUAGUAUUAUUUAGAGAUAAUACAGCCUUUAGAAACAUCUCAGGCCUGAAAACUUCCAGCAGUCUGUGCCAAAGUGUGAAGUAACACAUGUGAGAGAGCAAAAACUCUGAAGGGCUUAACAAGCACACUCGUGCUUACCUGCUCUCUCCCACCUCCCACCCACCCAUCCC